UGGGGGCUGAGGCACACUUUCUAAUCAAACACUUUUGGCAUGCUAGAUGGGCUUUCCUGUAGAUGAAGAAGCAGGUUGCAAGCAGUAGAAAAUUGCCUCUCUCUCUCUCAUGUCAGGAUGGAGAUGCCAAAAGACUCCCAAGUGACUCUUUGUCUUACAUCCCUAACCACUGCUUUGUUAAGCUUACAGCCUCUUGCACAGAUUAAAAUGAACGUUUUCAGAGAUCGCUUUUCCAUGAGCCACUCCAAGGGGACCAUGCAGAACCUCAACGCGCGCCUGGCCGCUUACCUGGACAAGGUGCGCAGCCUGGAGAGCGCCAACAGCAAGCUGGAGAAGCAGAUCGAAGAGUGGGGGAAAAAACAGGGAGAGGGCGACCGGGACACGAGUGUCUAUGAGAACAUCAUCGCUGGAUUGCGCGCUCGGAUCAGUGCUGCUUCCCUGGACAAAAAAAAGGUUUCCCUGCAGAUAGAUAAUGAAAGACUGGCUGCCCAUGAAUUUAAACUCAAGUACAAGGCUGAGCAGGCAGUGAGGAACUUCUUUGAGUUCCACACUGCUGGUAUGCAGAAGGUUCUGAGGGAGCUGGCUCUGUCCAAAUCGAGGCUGGAGCAGGAGCUAGAGGGACUGAAAGAGGAACUCGUCUACCAACAGAUGAACCACAAAGAGCAGGAGCUCCUGGCCUUGCAUGGUCAGAUGCAGGGGGGCGGGGCGGUCAAUGUGGAGGUGGACGCUGCCCCACAGCAGGAGCUGUCCAGAGUCCUGGCUAAGAUCAGAGCGCAGUAUGAGAGCAUCGCUGCUAAGAACCACCGGGAGAUGGAGGCCUGGUACAAAGGCAAGUUUGGUUCCCUGUACCAGCAAGAGACCUACAAAACAGAAGGCCUUCAGCCCAGCAAGAAUGAGGUCUCUGAGCUGAAACACACCAUGAAGAGCCUGCAGAUUGAUCUGCAGUACCAGCACACCAUGAAAUCUGUGCUGGAGGUCACUAUGGCAGAGACAGAGGGCAGCUACGGGGCACAGCUGAGUCAGCUGCAGGCGUUCAUCCACAGGCUGGAGGCUGAACUGGUGCAGCUCCGAAUGGACAUGGAGCGCCAGGGCAAUGAGUACAAGAUGCUGCUGGACAUCAGGACCCGUCUGGAGAUGGAGAUUGAGGAGUACAGACGCCUGCUGGAUGGAGAGGAUAGCAGAGUGUUUGCCAUCACUUCGGAAAUCACCCAAACUUCAUGGAGCGAAAAUCACCCCGCCGGCACCACCACCAGAAAGGUGAAGACCGUCGUGGAAGAGGUGGUCGCUGGGAAGGUUGUGUCGUCACACACAGUGUCGGAGAAGACGAGUGAAGAUUUUGUCUCUGAAAUGAUCUAAGUGCGUGUCAGAUUGAUAACCGAAAUUACAGAGAUAACACUAAAAAAAAGAAUUACAAAAUAUCAAAAAGCAGGAAACGGGCAACAAAAAUGUCUACCGAAGAAAUUUGGAUUGCAAAGUUGAAUGACAGUCAUGACAGACUUGGUUAAAUUGGUCAUGUCAAAUGUAAUUGUUUUGUCUCCUUCUAUAGGCAGUAUGGGGGAAUUUCACUUGUAAAAAGUCCCUAGCAUGUUUUUGUAAUGUUACCGGAAAGAUUUCUUUCAUUUCUUGGUAUUGUUCACCCACAAGCAUUUAGCACAGUAGUAUUUCAUUAACAAACUCGUAGAACAAUAAAACAUACACUAUAAAACCGUAUAAAGUUCUGUCAGAUUUAUGAAAUAUAGACAUAGAAGUUAGCUGACUUUUUUUCUUUUGC